AUGGAUGCUUGGAACCAAACCAGCGCGCUAGAAUUCAUCCUCCUGGGCCUCACGGAAAACCCAGACCAGGAGACCCUGCUCUACGUCCUGUUCCUCUUCAUGUACAUGGUCACGGUGCUGGGGAACCUGCUCAUCAUCGUGGUCAUCAGCUCCGACGCCCACCUGCACACCCCCAUGUACUUCUUCCUGGCCAACCUGUCCCUGGUUGACUUCUGCCUGGCCACCAACACUGUCCCCAAGAUGCUGGUGAACAUCCAAACCGGGACCAGGUCCAUCUCCUACCCCUGCUGUCUGACCCAGAUGUACUUCUUCCACUUCUUCGGCAUCAUGGACAGCGUCCUGAUAGCCGUGAUGGCCUACGACCGGUUCGUGGCCAUCUGCCACCCGCUGCACUACGGCGCCAUCAUGGGCCCGCGGCUGUGCGGCCUGCUGGUGGGCGGCCCCUGGCUGCUGUCCGGCGUCCUGUCGCUCACGCACAUCCUCCUGAUGGCGCGCCUGGCCUUCUGCGGCAGCCACGUGCUCCCGCACUACUUCUGCGACCUCACGCCCCUGCUCAGGCUGUCCUGCACGGACACCACCGUGAACCGGGCGUUCGUGCUGGCGGUGGCGGGCCUGGUGAUCGCCGCGCCCUUCGCGGGCAUCCUGGCCUCCUACGCCCGCAUCCUGGCGGCCGUCCUGAAGGUGCCCUCCGCGGGCGGCAGGAGGAAGGCCUUCUCCACCUGCGGCUCCCACCUGGCCGUGGUCGCCCUGUUCUUCGGCACCACCAUCGGGGUCUACCUGUGCCCGUCGUCCGUGCGCACCGCCGUGAAGGAGAAAGCCUCGGCGGUCAUGUACACGGCCGUCACCCCCAUGCUGAACCCCUUUAUCUACAGCCUGAGGAACAGGGACCUGAAGGGAGCCCUCAGGAGGCUCGUCAACAGGAAAGUCACUGCGGCGUCCUGA